AUGAAAAAGCGUACUGUGAGAAUAAAUGGCUUGCCUCCUGGUAGUUUCCUGAUAUUUCGAGUUUACUCUGUCAGUGACUUCAAUAAACACGUCAAAGAUAGAGACAAAUGGAACUAUGAUACGGUAUUAGUAAGAACCAAAGGUAAGUAAUAUAUAAUUGGCUGAAGCCAGGAUUGCGGCUCUCGAGUUGUCUACCUGUAUAGACAAAUCAACUUACCACUCACCGUGGUCAAUGUUACAAAUUAAACUCGCAAGAAGGAACGGCUUGAGGAAGACGUUUGCGAUACCCGAAAAUGUCUUAAAUAGAACAGUGUUAUCUUUAGAAAAACAUCCCGUUAUAUUAGUCCUAAAUUUGCUUAGAAACAGGCAAAUGAACUUAACACCGAUCAAGGUAUCCAUUAGCCUGCGUGCAGACGAUAACUAAACUCUGAUUAGUACCGUCUGCAAAGCGCAGAGAUCCUUGUUCUCGACCCCCAACGGACUCAACGAAUUACCGGAAGUGCUUUUCGAAUUUCCCUUCAACCUGAUUGGCGAUCACGACAAACAAAACAAAGGCCUUUUUUAACUGGCCAAUCGUGGCGCGUUCUCAAAUCUGGGUACACAGCUGGAAGUCCAGAACAAGGAUUUCGGCGCUGUUUCGCAGACNCGUUUUAGAAAGAUAGCAAACCGCGUGACGAAGCCACCUUAAUAAGAAUCUCUCAGAUUAUGCUGACUUAUGUAAACCUCUCUUCCCUCAGUUUUCUUACAAGCACCAAAGCCACCAAGAAAUGCUUCUGUCAAAGUUGUAAAGGAAACGCAUGUAAAGAUAAAGUGGGAACGUUCACUUGAUGACAUUGAUGGAAAGUUGAAAUAUUCUGUGGACUGCUUCAGAUGCAAGUCCAGGAAAUACAACGAAUGCAAGGACUCUUGUGGUUCAAGUGUACAGUACAAGCCAAAUAAGGACAACAUGAAAAAGCGUACUGUGAGAAUAAAUGGCUUGCCUCCUGGUAGUUUCCUGAUAUUUCGAGUUUACUCUGUCAGUGACUUCAAUAAACACGUCAAAGAUAGAGACAAAUGGAACUAUGAUACGGUAUUAGUAAGAACCAAAGGUAAGUAAUAUAUAAUUGGCUGAAGCCAGGAUUGCGGCUCUCGAGUUGUCUACCUGUAUAGACAAAUCAACUUACCACUCACCGUGGUCAAUGUUACAAAUUAAACUCGCAAGAAGGAACGGCUUGAGGAAGACGUUUGCGAUACCCGAAAAUGUCUUAAAUAGAACAGUGUUAUCUUUAGAAAAACAUCCCGUUAUAUUAGUCCUAAAUUUGCUUAGAAACAGGCAAAUGAACUUAACACCGAUCAAGGUAUCCAUUAGCCUGCGUGCAGACGAUAACUAAACUCUGAUUAGUACCGUCUGCAAAGCGCAGAGAUCCUUGUUCUCGACCCCCAACGGACUCAACGAAUUACCGGAAGUGCUUUUCGAAUUUCCCUUCAACCUGAUUGGCGAUCACGACAAACAAAACAAAGGCCUUUUUUAACUGGCCAAUCGUGGCGCGUUCUCAAAUCUGGGUACACAGCUGGAAGUCCAGAACAAGGAUUUCGGCGCUGUUUCGCAGACGGAGUUAACCAGAGUUUAAUUUCGUCGGCGCGCAGGCUAGGUAUCCAUCUUAUAGCUUUUUUUAAAACUAAUCUUGGAUCAAUUUUCUCAAGUUUCAUCCUAGCAAAAGACGACAAGAAAAAGUUCCAAUGCCUAAGUCUUAUUAAUUUUUAACCGUUAUAGAAAGAUAGCAAAUAGCGUGACGUAGCAACUUAAUAGGUAUCUCUUAUAUUAUGCUAACUUAUGUAAAUCUCUCCUCAAUCAGCUUUACCAAAGGCACCAAGAAAUGUUUCUGUCAAUGUUGUGAAGAAAACGUAUGUAAAGAUAAAGUGGGAACGUUCACCUGAUGACAUUAAUGGAAAUUUAAGAUAUUCUGUUAACUGCUUCAGAUGCAAGUCCAGGAAAUACAACGAAUGCAAUGAUUCUUGUGGUUCAAGUGUACGGUACAAACCAAAUAAGGACAACAUCACAAAUGGUACCGUGACAAUAAAUGGCUUGCCUCCUGGUAGUUUUCUAAAGUUUCGAGUUUACUCUGUCAGUGACUUCAAUGAACACGUCAAAGAUAGAGACAAAUGGAACUAUAAUACGGUAUUAGUAAGAACCAAAGGUAAGUAAUAUAUAAUUGGUUGAUGCCAGGGUUGCGGCUCUCGAAUUGUCUACCUGCAUAGACAAAAAUCAACUUACCAUUCACCGUGGUCAAUGUUACAAAUUAAAGUCGCAAGAAGGGACGGCUGAUAGAGGAUGUUCGCGAUACCCAAAAAUGUAUUAGAUAGAACAGUGUUAUCUUUAGAAAAAUCUCCCGUUAUAUCAGUCCUAAAUUUGCUUAGAAACAGGCAAAUGAACUUAACAUAGAUCAAGGUAUCCAUGUUCUAGCUUCUUUUUAAACUAAUCUUCGAACAAUUUUCUCAACUUUCAUUCCAGCAAGAGACGACAAGAAACAGUUCCAAUGCCUAAGUCUUAUUAAUUUUUAACCGUUUUAGAAAGAUAACAAAUAGCGUGACGUAGCAACUUAAUAGGAAUCUCUAAGAUUAUGCUGACUUAUGUAAAUGUCUCCUCCCUCAGCUUUUCCAAAGGCACCAAGAAAUGCUUCUGUCAAUGUUGUGAAGGAAACUUAUGUAGAGUUAAAGUGGGAACGUUCACCUGAUGACAUUGAUGGAAAGUUAAGAUAUUCUGUUAACUGCUUCAGAUGCAAUUCUAGGAAAUACAACGAAUGCAAUGAUUCUUGUGGUUCAAGUGUACGGUACAAACCAAAUAAGGACAGCAUCACAAAUGGUACUGUGACAAUUAAUGGCUUGCCUCCUGGUAGUUUCCUAAAGUUUCGAGUUUACUCUGUCAAUGACUUUCACGAACACGUCAAAGAUAGACACAAAUGGAACUAUGAUACCGUAUUAGUAAGAACCAAAGGUAAG